AUGAUCGCUGCAAUUCUCAACAACCAGCUCAACCUGGAGCGGGAGACGGUCCAUGAAAUCGAGGCUCUUCUAUCGAGCUUUGCCGGCCUCUCCGACAUCGAACAAGAGAGGGAACGGGCCACCUAUGUGUCCACAGCCUUCCCUCUGCUGUUCGGCAAGGAUUCUGUAGUCCAAGGGUCAAAUGGUUACGAAUCACAACGCCAAGCCCCAUGGUCGACCAACUGCUGGCUCCAACCUCAUGUCAUUGUCAGUCCUGUGUCAGCGCAGCAAGUUGCUACAGCUCUGGCAUUAUGUCGCUUCUUCAACGUGAAGUUCUCCAUCAGGAGCGGAGGUCAUUUGCAAAACCCGGGAUUUACGAGCAACAAUGGGGGUGUGGUGAUAUCGUUAAGCGCUCUAAAGCAAUUAAAGCUGUCUGAGAAUAAAUCUACGGUAGGUCUCGGGCCAGGCCUAAAGUGGUUGGAUGUAUACCGCGGUCUUGAUGCGCACGAGGUGGCUGUGACCGGUGGUCGAGUCACUACGGUAGGCGUGUCUGGUCUGUUACUCGGAGGGGGGAUUUCCUUUCACAGCCAUCAGUACGGAGUCAGUGCGAUGGGUAUCUGUAACUACGAGGUCGUUCUCGCCAACUCGCAGAUCGUCAAUGCCAACGCACAGGAGAACGCAGACUUGUUCUGGGCUCUGAAGGGUGGUGGGCCUAACUUCGGGGUCGUAACCAAGUUAGAUAUGACGACCAUCCCAAGCAAGCACUGGUCUGAGGCCCGCAUCUACCCAAUCACAGCAACCGAUCAGGUCCUCGAAGCCAUGAUGCAGUAUCACGCCGCAAUCGAAGAUGACGAUAAGUCUUCGCUCAUCUAUCAUGCUACUCACGACGUUAUCCUAGUUGUCUUUUUCUACGGCGAGCCCGUCGAGUAUCCCCCUAUUUUCCAGUCCUUCUACGAUAUACCCUACGUCACUAGCUUCGUGGCCCCAGGUAUCCGAACCGUCUAUGAUCUCAUGAAUGCAGUAGAUUCUGUGCAAGAUCCAGAGCCUGCACUUCACGAAUUCCGUACCAUGACCAGCCUCCCUAGUCUAGACGUAUACAGGGCUAUUGAAAAAGCACAUGCUGAGCAGAUCAAUGCUCUUAAAGCCGUCGAGGGCAUUACGUUGACAACCGUUAUCCAGCCAAUGCCCUCCUCAGCUAUGAAAGCGACCCUCGAAAGUCCCCUAGGCUUGGCGCCUGUUGGACAGCAGUGGUUCCUUGUGACAGCCGACUGGAAGGAUGCGAAAGAUGAAGAGCUUGCUCGGGAGGCUGUGCGCAAGAUCGUCGAUGCCGCAGAAUCAGAGGCGAAGCAGGCCGGGGUGUAUCUUCCUUACCUUUAUUCGAACUAUGCUUCGCGCGACCAGGAUCCCCUGGCAAGUUAUGGAGUGGAGAAUGCUAAGCGGUUGAAGGAGAUUGCGCUAAAGUAUGACCCGGAGGGCGUAUUCCAGAAGUUGCAAAAUGGGGGGUGGUUGCUUUCCAACAUGGCGUCAGAGGCGUGA